CUUGAGAUGAUUUCACGUAUCCAUACAAAAGUGACGCCACACACAAUGGUGGCUUCCCAACGAAUACAGCAGUCUCAGUCGCAAGUAAUCAUCAACAUACACACAGACAGUAGACUAUUCGACUGUGUGCUCAAAUAAGAUCUUGCACACACGCGGGUCUCGAUGCAUGCCCUGUAUAAACGGACGCAAUCAUGCGAGUCCAAGAAUGUCUCUAUCAGCAAUAGCCGUACCAAUUGCACUGUUCUCCCCAUGAAUUGAAUGCAUUCGAAGUCCACCAGCGCAUUAUACAGAGCCUCGUGUUUGCUCUUGACAAUUACGCACUCAUUGUCGCCGAGAUGGCCUUGAUAUGGACUGGAAGGAAUCCCAUACAUCUCAUUCGUGAUGCCUUGUGCGUCCUCCUCUGCCGUAUCUGGAUCGAAACAGAAGAACUUCUGCACACACACUCACUCGUUCAGAAACGCUCCAUUCAUUUGGUCCUACUGAACUUGCCUGCAGCACAGGGAUAAGCGCCUCACGGCCCAAGAAGGCGUCAUACCUGUUUCACAAGUAAAAUUCACGUGACUCGAUUGUUACUGUCAAUGUAAGGCAUGUAACUGUACAUUAGCCGGAUGCCUUUGUGACCAUAUCCAUAAGACCAACACUGCACAACACAAUACAAUACAUAGUGCAGUGAGCAUCGCGCAACCGCUGGCCUCUCACUCUCACCUGCACCUUAAAGGCAGCGGUAUUAUCGGCAGUCCCGGGAAGCGUCAUGAUGAGAGCUGAGGAUGGGACUCGACGAAGCUUCUCCGGCAGUACGCAUAUCGGGCCAGGACUAAGGGACCGCGCUUUGUGACCUGAGAUGGAACGCACGUGCUCACAAAGGGCAGAAAGUGGUUUACAUGCUCUGCGUCCACUGACCGAGCAGUCGAACUUUCCAUCGCCCCUCCUCAUUCAGAAACUCCACAAGCACGCACAAGUUGUUGUUGAGCUCUGGCCGCCUUGCAAGUCUCACCAGCAGCGCUCGUGACCCGGGCGACAGAUCACCCGUCAUGGUGGGAUGGGGAGAUCUGCGAGCUCACUGGCGAGGAC